AUGAAGCCCACCACCGAUGGGCUCUUUGCUUCUCAAUCAUCCUCCUUCUCGUUUCCGAGAUUCCGCGGCCAACUUCCGAUUACCUUCACUGCCAAGCUGAAGAAGAAGAAUCCAAACGUCGUGACUCUCUCUCUCAAUCCCGAUGAUUCAGAUGUUUCCUCCUCCAGAGUCUCCUGCUCCCGCCGCGCAAUUCUCGUCGCACCACCGCUCCUCCUCGCCGCCGCUUCGUUUUGGCCGUCUAUUUCUUCAGCCGCCGUGGCGGAGGUUUCGGCGGAAUCAGUGGCUCCUCCUCCUCCUCCCGUCGCCACUGCUCCUCCUCCGCCGCCUGUAUCUGUAGCGAAGGAAGAUGCGAUUACCUCUAGAAUCUACGACGCGACGGCGCUCGGUGAGCCGAUGGCUGUCGGGAAAGACAAGAAGAGAGUGUGGGAGAAGCUUCUGAACGCGAGGAUCGUGUACCUCGGCGAGGCGGAGCAGGUGCCUACAAGAGACGACAAAGACUUGGAGCUCGAAAUCGUGAGGAACCUGAGAAACCGAUGCGUCGAGAGCGAGCGUCAGUUAUCUCUGGCAUUGGAAGCAUUCCCUCUUGAUUUGCAGGAACAGCUAAAUCAAUACAUCGAUAAGAGGAUGGACGGAGAGACACUGAAGUCGUAUGUGUCACAUUGGCCAGCUCAACGCUGGCAAGAGUAUGAGCCUCUUUUGAGUUACUGUCGUGAUAACGCAGUUAAACUCAUUGCCUGUGGCACUCCGCUCAAGGUUUUGAGAACUGUUCAAGCUGAAGGUAUACGUGGUCUUUCAGAGUCUGAGCGUAGACUAAACACUCCUCCUGCGGGUUCCGGGUUUAUCUCAGGGUUUACUUCCUUCUCACGUAGUUCGUCACUCAAUAUGAACCCCCUCACACAGAUUGUUCCGUUUGGACCGAGCUCUUACUUGUCGGCGCAAGCUAGAGUCGUUGAAGACCAUACGAUGUCACAAGUCAUAUUACAAGCUGUUGCGGAUGGAGGUGGGACUGGUCUACUGUUGGUAGUGGCUGGCGCGAACCAUGUUGAGUAUGGUUCGAGAGGAACAGGAUUGCCGGCGAGAGUCUCAAGGAAGAUUCCGAAGAAAAGUCAGCUUGUUGUAUUGCUUGAUCCUGAAAGACAGUUCUUGAGGAAAGAAGGAGAGUCUCCGGUUGCUGAUUUCCUGUGGUACUCUGCGGCCAGACCAUGCAGCAGAAACUGCUUUGACCGAGCGGAAAUCGCUCGGGUCAUGAAUGCUGCUGGUAGGAGACGCGAUGCUCUUCCACAGGACAUUCAAAAAGGAUUAGACCUUGGUCUGGUGUCACCUGAGAUUCUACAGAAUUUCUUUGAUCUGGAGCAGUAUCCUCUUAUUGCGGAGCUUACACAACGGUUUCAGGGUUUCCGAGAAAGGCUACUGGCAGAUCCCAAAUUCCUAAACAGAUUAGCCAUUGAAGAGGCUAUAUCGAUAACAACGACACUUGUAGCUCAAUAUGAGAAGAGGAAAGAAAACUUCUUUGAAGAACUCGACUAUGUUAUAACUGAUAGCGUAAGAGCAUCAGUCGUCGAUUUCUUCACAGUUUGGCUGCCUGCACCAACCUUGUCGUUUCUCUCGUAUGCUGAUGAGACAGCGAGGCCAAACAGCAUAGACGCUCUAAGAGGACUCCUAGGAUCCAUACCUGACAAUGCAUUUCAAAAAAGCCUUGGUGGAAAAGAGUGGAGCCUGAAUCUUAGGAUUGCUUCAGUUAUUGUCGGUGGCUUGAAGCUUGCUGGUGUUGGAGUUGUUUCCAGUUUUGCAGCUGUGGGAUCUUCGAAUGCUUUGUAUGCAAUACGAAAGCUCAUUAAGCCAGAGUUGGCUGUUUCUGAGAAAGCAAAGAGGUCUCCUAUGCUGAAGACGGCCGCUGUAUAUGGUGGUUAUCUGGGAACAUCAUCAAAUAUCCGUUAUCAGAUAAUUGCUGGGCUAAUAGAGCAUCGCAUUUCUGACGAGCUUUCUUCUCAACCUCUACUUGUAAACAUGAUUUCAUUUGUUGUCAGAGUAGCCAAUUCCUACUAUGGAACUCAGCAAUGGAUUGAUCUUGCGCGCUCUACGGGUUUGCAAACUCAGAAAAGUGUCCCAGCUUCCAACCAAAUCCCAGAGGCUUUGAGCCAACCUACAGUGGAAUACACUACUAUCGAAGAGGCAAACGUUGAUGAUCUCAAGAAUCAGUGA